CCGGACGCACGCACAGCCUUCACAGGACGCCUUCAACCACAGACAGCCCGAGAGAGAAAGAGAGAGAAAGAGAGAGAGAGAGAGACAGGAACAUCCUUCACAUAACAGAUAACCAUGGCAGAUAAAAUUAAGGAUGCUAAAAUCGUCUUUGUUGUGGGUGGACCAGGCUCUGGUAAAGGCACUCAGUGUGAGAAGAUCGUGGCGAAGUACGGCUACACCCAUCUGUCCUCAGGUGAUCUGCUGCGUGCUGAGGUGGCGUCAGGUUCAGACAGAGGAAAACAACUGCAGGCCAUCAUGCAGAAAGGAGAACUUGUGCCACUGGACACAGUUCUUGAUAUGAUCAAAGAUGCCAUGAUUGCCAAAGCUGACGUCUCUAAAGGUUAUCUCAUCGACGGCUACCCUCGUGAAGUCAAACAGGGAGAAGAGUUUGAGAAGAAGAUCGGCCCUCCAGCUCUCUUACUGUACAUUGAUGCUAAGUCUGAGACUAUGGUCAAGAGAUUAAUGAAACGCGGUGAGACCAGCGGACGUGCCGAUGACAACGAAGAGACGAUUAAAAAGCGUCUUGAUCUGUAUUAUAAAGCCACCGAGCCCGUCAUCGCUUUCUAUGAGAAACGUGGCAUUGUUAGAAAGAUAAACUCUGAGCUUCCUGUGGAUGAGGUUUUUGCUAUUGUUGAAAAAGCAAUUGAUGAGCUAAAGUAAAGAAAGACUUGUUAACUAA